AUUGCUAUUUUGUUUUAGCAUUUAUAUUAUACCAACUUCUCCUCCACCUCUCUCUUUUUCUCAUUCUCACCCACCCUCUGUCCCUCUCAGCAAUUUUCACUCACAAAGGACAAAAAGCCAAAGGGAUUAGAAUAUCCUUUACUCUCUAAUCAUCUUCAUUUUCUGCAUUUCACGAUGCUACUUUCCUCGCUUUCUUGCUCAAUCUCUUGAUUUUUUGUUUUUCAUUUUUCUAUCGCUGAUUCCCACAGAGGCGAAAGCUUUCUGUAGCCAUGGGGAACAGUUUUAUUUGUAUGAGUAAAAAGGAUGCCAAAGAUAAUCAUGGAUCGAGAAGCAAGAGAUUGGGUAGGUCCCAGAGAAAAUUGUUGGCAGAGGAAGAGUUCCUCCACAGGCAAGCUCUCUCUAUGGCACUUCAUCAGCACCAAUUAUCUCAGAGAUUUGAUGGAUCCAUGUCCAGGAGGAUUGGCUCCACCAGCUCUCGAAGACGAAAUCUCUCUGAUCCUUUCUCUAAUGGAAAACAGGUGCCAGAUUUUCUGGAAAAUAUCAAGCUAAAAAAGUUCAUUCUGAUACAUGGAGAAGGGUUUGGAGCUUGGUGUUGGUAUAAAACAAUUUCCCUGUUGGAAGAAGCUGGAUUGCUUCCCACUGCCAUAGAUCUUGUAGGAUCUGGCAUUAAUCUGACAGAUACAAACAGCGUCACAACAUUGGCAGACUACUCAAAACCUUUGCUAGAUUAUUUGGAAAACGUUCCUGAGGAUGAAAAGGUUAUUUUGGUUGGUCAUAGCACUGGAGGUGCUUGUGUCUCUUAUGCACUGGAGCAUUUUCCGCAUAAGGUCUCAAAAGCUAUUUUCAUCUGUGCUACAAUGGUGUCUGAUGGUCAGAGGCCUUUUGAUGUGUUUGCUGAAGAGCUUGGAUCUGCUGAACGUUUCAUGCAACAAUCAGAGUUUUUGAUAUAUGGGAAUGGUAAAGACAACCCUCCGACAGGAUUUAUGUUUGAGAAACAGCAGCUGAAAGGUUUAUAUUUCAAUCAAUCACCAACAAAGGAUGUUGCGCUGGCCAUGGUUUGUAUGAGACCUAUCCCAUUGGGUCCUAUAAUGGAAAAGCUGUCAUUGUCCUCUGAGAAAUAUGGAAAUAGUAGGCGAUUCUUCAUUCAGACAUUGGAUGAUCAUGCACUUUCACCGGAUGUCCAAGAAAAGCUAGUGAGGGAAAAUCCACCAGAAGGAGUCUUCAAGAUUAAAGGAAGUGAUCACUGUCCGUUCUUUUCAAAACCGCAAUCCCUCCACAAAAUAUUGCUGGAAAUUGCUCAGAUUCCAUAAAGAGUAUUAAUCGGAAACUAAGAACAAGUUUCUACAAGUCUUUUAUUGGUCAAAAUAUACUUAGUUUACAAUAUGAUAAGCCAUAAUUAAUUGUUGAAGAAUGGAUUAAUUAUUCUGUUGAUAUUAUUUCUUCUUACA